AUGAAAUUCUACUUGAUUGCAUGUUGCCUUCUGGCUUUCUUGCAUCUAUCGGCAGCGAAAUGGAGCAAGCCUCGUCGUUUGAAUAUGAUGCUCAAUUCGCGACGCGAAAUUCGUGAUGAACGAUGUCGACAAUUUCGAACCAUAACUCAAAAAGUCGAUCAUUUUGGUUUUGUUAACACGGAUACAUAUGAUCAAAGAUAUACAUUGAACACAGAUUAUUGGGAGAGCGGAAGACCAAUCUUUUUCUAUGCUGGAAAUGAAGGUGAUAUUGAUCUUUUCUGCGACAAUACUGGUUUCAUGUGGGAUAUUGCACCUUUGUUCAAUGCUAUGGUAGUCUUUGGUGAACAUCGCUACUAUGGAAAGUCUUUACCCUACGGCAAUGCAUCUUAUUUGAAACCGGAAAAUGCAAGAUAUUUAACAAGUGGACAAGCUCUUGCUGAUUAUGCUUAUUUACUUGAUUACAUCCGUAGCUCUAUCAAAGGUGCCGAAAAUAGUCCAGCUAUUGUUUUCGGUGGGUCGUAUGGGGGCAUGUUAGCAGCCUAUUUUCGAAUGAAAUAUCCACAUGUUGUUGCCGGUGCACAUGCAGCAUCUGCACCUAUUCUUCAAAUGACUACACCGUGCGAAGCAUUCUCUCGAGUCGUUACUCAAGAUUUUCUUCGAGAGAGUUCACAAUGUGUGGAUAUUAUCCGAUCAUCAUGGGGUGCAAUCAAUCGUAUUGCAGCAGCAGCUGGUGGGUUACAACGUUUGACAAAUCUCUUUAAGCUUUGUCGACCAUUACAAACUGCCGAUGAAUUAAAGAAUUGGUUACUCGAUAUGUAUGGAAACAUCGCCAUGGUUGACUAUCCGUAUCCAACAUCGUUUCUCGCAGAUCUACCUGCUUUUCCAGCCCGAGCAUACUGCGCCAAUGUUACUGCAUCGUCAUUAGACAGAGUGAAUGAUGAUAUCGACAUUGUCCAAAGAAUCGUUAGAGGGACAAAUGUGUUUUUCAACUACACUGGUCACACCGAAUGUUUCGAUACUGGUUCACAAGGUACGCCAAGUCUUGGCGAUUUAGGAUGGUCGUAUCAAUCGUGUACAGAAUUCGUUAUGCCAAUGUGUUCGGAUGGUGUUAAUGAUAUGUUUGAAAAACAAGAUUGGGAUUUUCAGGCAUUUUCAGACUCUUGUUAUCUUCAAUGGCAAGUUCGACCACGUUUCGAGUGGCCAUACAUUGAAUAUGGUGGUAAAAAUAUCAGUGACCUCCGUUUUUAUUCAAAUAUCGCUUUUACGAAUGGAAAUCUUGAUCCUUGGUCAUCGGGUGGUGUUAAUGUACAAGUUGCUCCAACUCUACCAGCUAUAUUAGUAACCGGUGGUGCUCAUCAUCUUGAUUUACGUGGAGCGAACAAAGCUGACCCACCUAGUGUAUUACAAGCUCGUCAAGAAAUAGUGGCAUUGAUUGAAACAUGGAUUUCUUAA